AUGUCUGAGGUACAACUUGGCCCGACAGGCUCUAUGUCAUUACGAGUAUCGGCAUCGAUGAUAUUACUAGUCUUUAUUUCUCUAUGUCUACGAGUAUGGGCUCGAAGCAAGGUCCGCAAGGGCAUUCUACCAGAGGAUAUGCUUAUUUUUCUCGCUGCGGCCAUGUUCUACGCUAACCAGGGGACAUUCCUACAUGGAAAUGGGUCCUCUGGUGGGUCUGAUUUUACUUUAAUGACGGAAUACCAGAUGAAUCGGUUUCUAAAGUACCUUUUUGUCGAAGAAAUUCUGUUCCUUCUCGGUAUCACCGCAACGAAAUUCUCGAUCUUGACAUUUUACCGCCAUAUCUUCGCGGUUCCCUCCUUUAUACGUAUCAAUUGGAUUCUCAUGGGUGUCUGCGCGUGCUGGUGCAUUAUUGCCUUUUUCGUCAUUGUCUUCGAAUGCAACCCUGUUCGGGCUAUGUGGAACUAUAACACAUUACGCGACAAGAACAUUUGUAUUCCGGAGGGCACCAUGAUCGCCGGCUUUGGGAUCGCUGAAAUACCCAUUGACAUUAUGAUCUUGGCGCAUCCAGCGGUAAUGGUCCGCAACCUACAAAUGCCUGUAUUGAAGCGAGCCAGUCUGAUGGGUGUGUUUUUAUUGGGUGGUUUGUGA